AUGGAUGAGUAUGAUCUUUACAAUCAAGACUAAGGUGCAAGUAAUAAUCUUUAAAGAUUGAAUUAGAACCUUAUUGAAGGACUCAUAAUAGAUGCUUAUAAAAAUUCUCAUUAAAUUGGAAUGAACUAUAUAGAUGUAAUUGAGAUGGGUAAUCUUCCAAAGUUUGAUAAAUUGCGGUAGAGAGUAAAAAUUAGGAAUGUAUUUACUAAAGAGUAAUUUAUGAUUGAUUAUGAGAACUUGAACCAAGAAAGCUUUUCGAUAUAUCUCUAAGAUCCCCAAGAUACAAAACUUAUAGAAGAGAGAUUCAGAACUUACUAUCCAUUCCAAUAAAAAUAAAAUCUUGUUUAUUACUAACCAAACUAUGAUGGAAUUUAGGAACUAGAAUCAUUAGAAUGGGUUCAUGAGAAAAAUAUGAAUUUUAACUAUCUCCUUCUGCUUAGAGUCAAUCAUUUCCAAUAAGGAGUAUUUGAAGAAAUCAACUAGUUAAAACAAAUGAGCAAAGGUAGUAUAAUAGAGCUUAGAUUUAAAGUUAGCCUAAAUCUUGCGAUGUUGAUACAAUAUAAAGAUAUGAAGAAAUUCUCUAAUUAAUUAAUGAAGAUUGGAACUGCAUUAAAACUUUAAAUUCCAACCAGGAAAAUGUUCAAGAAAUAGAAGAAGUGA